AUGCUGUCCAAGCAGGAAAAGGGGAAGGUGGAGAAGAAGGGGCGGUUCACCAUCAUCGACCUCCCGCCAGAUGAACCAAGUCCACUGACGUCCUUCCGUACUGGUUUGGUGCCUUUGAGUCCUCAGCGAGGUAGAUCCUCUGGCGGCAACUUACGAUUCGGUGAAGACGACGACGAUGACUCGGUUGCACGUGAACUUGCAAGAAAGACGCGCGUGAAGCAGAAAGGUCGGUUUACCAUCAUCGACUUGGAUCCAAACACCCCAUCUCCGGAACGAGGUCUGCGCAAGGGAUUCCGAGAUGAUGCCCUCAUCGACGACGACGGCGACGAUGAUCUACCUCCGCCACCACCUGCCUUAGAACCCCAACGGACAGGUCUUCGUCCAGUCUCUGUCGGCGACGAAGAAGACAAACCUAUCCGCCCUUCAUCUCCCACACCUCCUCCAGCGCCUUCUAUGGAUACACCAACAGUGGCCACAUCCAUCCCAACAGUGAACCAACCCGCCGCAGGCACCACGUUCAAUCCAACAAUAGCAUCCGACCCCGACAACAUUCACAACCCAGCAUGCUGCGUGUUUCGGACGCCACUCAUGCACUCGCAGGCUGCGUCUUCACCGCCGCCAUGCAGAUUACACUUCGACCCGACGACAUUCUCGACAUUACCGCCAGCAUCUUUCGUCGCCGUGCCAGUGCAGCAAUAUCGUGACCACCAAGACAUGUUGGCGGCACUACUGGAGCAAAACAAGGACAUGCAUGUGCUCAUCCAAACCCUGCAAGCGCAGCAAGGGAAAAUCCUCCAAUUCGUCAAGGACAUGGCGAUCGAAGUUCCUGCGUCGUCGUCGGUCUCAACUCCCUCCCUAUAGAUGCAAAACGACGGAUGUACCAAAUAGAAGACGCGAUGUUUAUCGAAUUGAUGCGACGUACCUCACGUGGCAGGG